AGUCGUUAUUUUUGUUUUGUUAUGCGCACAAAAAUUGUCGCUUUAAAACAUUAAGGUUGAACCACUAUAGUCACGUUGACUGUUUUAACGAUGUCUUUACUAAUUUUCUGGACCUUCAAUGAAGGUAAUUACAUUGCUUUCUAUGGGAGAUAAAAAAAAAAAAAAACUCUAGGAUUUCAUCAAAAAUAUCUUAAUUUGUGUUCCGAAGAUGAACGAAGGUCUUACGGGUGUGGAACGACACAAGGGUGAGUAAUUAAUGACAGAAAUUUCAUUUUUGGGUGAACUAAUCCUUUAAUAUUCUCUUACUUUGCGCCAGCUGCCAACAAUAGUUCCUGAAAUAUUAAUAGACAGACACUUUGAAUGAACCACCAUUCUGUUAUGAUGUCAGAACCUUAAAUAUGAUGUCAAAGAUCAAAGAAUCGUUUUUAAAGGGCGAGAUGAUGUGACAGAAUAACAUUGUUGAACAGAAAUCGCAGGACAAAGAACAAUUGUAAAUUUUCUCAGAAAAAAAAAGCAUUUAGAACAAACUGAUAUUUUAGACAAAAAUUCUAAAAUUAUACAGUGAAUUACAGUGAAUUUAUAACAGCUAAGGGGCGUUGUUAGGCACGACGCGGAGCGGAGUAUUAUAGUGUUAAAGUGUUAUAAAUUCACUGUAAACCACGGCUUCAUGGGGCUUAUUGCUUUUAUAAAAUGGUUACCACACAAUACAAAUAUUAAAACCAAAAAAUAUGUAUCAAUGCAACUUUCAUGAAGUAAAAUCAUUAAAAGCCUUCCUUCCGCUGGAAAAAAUAGUCCCUGAUCGUGAACAGCAACAGAAGUUACAUUUAUUACGCCAUUAGAUGGCAGCAUGGAGUCACUCAGUCGCAAAUACUUUUAUAUUGAAACUUGUGAACACGGAACAAGACGCAAUGACAAACGCUUUGACUAGCGCUGUUAGUGUCAGCAGGGCUCGGAAAACCCAUUAAAUGUUAAAAGAACAAGAUCGCAGCGGACAUUCAAACAGAUUUUUUAUUAUGAACAUAGGACUGACCUGAAGGAAAACGCUUAAUCUGAAUGCAGGUAAUAAACUCGCUCACUCGAUCUCUUUCUCACAAUACUCUUCUACAUAAUACAGUUAGCUUCAAUUAACAAAAUCAAUUGCAAACAAACAUAUGUUGUUAAGAGUGGUUGCUAAGACAGACUGCAACAUACACACUCAGUGGCGCAGCGAUACUUAUGUAAUGAGGUCAGCGGUAUGUUUUCGGGAAUUUUACAACGGCUUCGAACGCGGUUCAACCAAUCAGAAUCAAGGGCCGGAACUAUCCGCUUUAUAAUUCUAUAUAGCUCAUUAUAAUGCAAUGAUGAUGAAUGGGAACAUGUCAAUGGACUAAAAAAAAAAAUACAAUUAAAAUGUUUUUUUAAAACAGAAACUAUUAAACUGUUAAUUAUUUUAUUAGUUAGUCAUGAGAGACACACAGCACACAAAUGACUCAUUUAUAAAUGUAAUAAGAGGUAUAAUUCCAGGUCUCUGGAGAACUAAAACACAUUUAUAAGAAAUGGGAAACCACAUGCAUGGAGUCAAGGUCACGUACGAUCCUCAGCAGAGACGGCUGGGAUAGAUAAACAACACCUCCCUCCUCUCUCUCUUUCUCUCUCUCUCUCGCUCGCCCCCGUUACCUGGAUCUGAGCUGCGCAUCCGUGUGGAUUCAUCUCGCGCCUCAUUGUCAUUCAUUCCGCGUUCAUGCGCAUUUCCAUAUGAUUUCUGCAUCUUGCUGUGGGUCAGAUUGGCUUCUUUUAUUUCCAACGCACCAAUCUUAAAGGAAAUGCUCGCGGUUGCCUGGACAGCCAACGAUCCCGCAAGUAUUUUGGACACUUUAAGGAUACAAAAGUGCGCGUGUUGUGUUGUUAAUCUCGUGGCCAGGAUGCUGCCUCGCUGAGGAUGGACUAUAAUGGAUGACACAUGGCUGUGAUGCUCCAGUAUCAUCUUCUUCAUCAUGUCUCCAGCAGCUCCGGUCACUGACAGCAGUGCUGCUGAUGUCCUGCACGAGCAGACGGACACGCCGCGGGAAGUGCAACGACCAUUGAAGCAGUCCCUGAGCAAGUCCCUGUGUCGCGACUCGCACUGGAAAUGCCUCCUUCUGUCACUGCUAAUGUACUGCUGCGUGAUCGCAAUGACCUGGUGCCAGGUCACGAAGGUCACGCGCCUCUCCUUCGACAGCGCUUUCAAGGGUAAGUCCAUGAUGUACCACGACAGUCCCUGUUCCAACGGCUACAUCUACAUCCCAGUGGCCUUUCUCGUCAUGCUCUAUGUGGUUUACCUAGUGGAGUGCUGGCAUUGUUACUCGCGCAACGAACUUCAAUCUAAAGUAGACCUGGAGAGCAUCGCCGAGCGCGUGCGUCGGAUGCAGCAAGCCACGCCGUGCAUCUGGUGGAAGGCUAUUAGUUACCACUACGUACGCCGAACGAGACAAGUGACUCGCUACCGAAACGGGGAUGCCUACACGACCACGCAGGUUUACCACGAGCGCGUGAACACGCACGUCGCGGAGGCAGAGUUUGAUUACGGGAACUGCGGGGUGAAGGACAUUUCCAAGCAUCUCACAGGCCUGGAGAGCUUUCCAGUGACCAAGUUGCGCUUCACCAAGUGCUUUAGUUUCGCUAAUGUCGAGUCCGAGAACUCCUACCUGACGCAAAGAGCGCGGUUCUUCACCGAGAACGAAGGUCUGGACGAUUAUAUGGAAGCGCGUGAAGGAAUGCACCUCAAAAAUGUCGAAUUCAAGGAAUACAUGCUUGCGUAUGCAGAUCCGGAUCGCUUGCCUUGGUAUGCGUCGCAGUGUAGCUUCUGGUUGGCGGCGGUGCUGACUUUAUCGUGGCCGUUGCGGGUCCUGACGGAGUAUCGCACGGCGUAUCUUCAUUAUCACGUGGAGAAGCUUUUUGGGUUCGACUACGUCUCCGUUACACCACUGGACGAGAGGCCAUUUUGCCGCCACAUCCCGCGGGUAAACACCAUCGACAGCACAGAGCUUGAGUGGCACAUUCGCUCCAACCAACAGCUUGUUCCCAGUUACUCCGAGGCUGUGCUAAUGGAUCUGGCACAGCAGUCCAGCUGCAACACGUUCUCGCCUCGCGGGAUUGGCGCGGCUGGCGGAAACGGCUUCGGUGGAUACCGGCAGAACUGCGAGCGCUGCCACCGCUCCAUCAGCAGCUCGUCGAUUUUCUCACGCAGCGCGCUGAGCAUCUGCAACAGCAGCAGCCCGCGUUUACCCUUCAGCAGCAGCCGAUUCUCGCUGGGCCGUCUGUACGGCUCACGCCGCAGCUGUCUUUGGCGAAGUCACAGUAGUAGCCUAAACGAUCCCAGUUGCCCGACGGAAAGCACGCGAUGUCUAGCUGGACAGUCUGCCAAUGAGGAGAGCCCACCUUCUCCACCGGCCUAUCAGGACGCGCUGUAUUUUCCCGUACUGAUUAUACACCGCAACGAGGGCUGCCUCGGUCAUGACCGCCAUUCACUGCACCGUAACGGAUCCUGUGUGGAGACUUCAUUAUAGCAUUUGCAAAAGGACGAAAACGCAACCUUGUGUCAGUACAUUUAUUUGCAAACUGAUAAAUGAUUCAUGAUUUGUGGAACAGGCUGGUACAGAAAUGUUUCUUUCAGUGGCUAUGCCAAAUACUUUUCCUCCUAAAUGUACAAUAGCACAAAUGUACAAUAACUUUGACAGAUCGUUCACAUUAAAAAAACACAUUAAGAAAGUAGCCUACAUUGGGUUUCAUUUGAGUUCAUGUUGACUUUAAAUGAAAUGGAAGAGCACAGAAACAACUUAACAAACAUUGAAUGGGACAUAGGCCUAAUUACAUUUCUUCAUAACAAAUCCAGACUGGCUUUUAUUAGGAUAUUAAAGGAAUAGUUCACCCAAAAAUGAAAAUUAUCUCAUAAUUUACAUCGGGUCAGAGGUCACCCUUCCGCCGGAACUUGACUCUUUCAUGAAUGCGCAUACAGUCGUUGCUGGAAGGUAGUGAUUAUAGUUUAUAAAGUUUUAAAUAUGAAUAUUUUUUAAUACAGAAACCCAUCGCUUCACUUCAGAAGGCAUUUUUUUAAAUCAAAGUCCCUUUAAUUUCACUCGGCGGCCAUCUUUGAAAUGCCUUUCACUCGGCGGCCAUCUUUGAAACGCCUCUCCGGCAUGCAAGUGCAGCUCCUAUCUCUUUGAAUGGGAAAACAUCAAAUUCUCCAAAGCUGUUUGCCAAGCUUUCAAUUAAAUUUCAUAUUUGAAAUUACCAAUGAAAUCUGACAACAACUGACUCAUAAAUUUUGUUUCUAAACACUCCAAUCAUUACAAAAAACUACAAAAAACCUACUGGAGUUGUAUGGAUUACUUUUAUGAUGGAUGGAUGGAUGCACUUUUUGGAGCUUCAAAAACUCGGGCACUAUUCAAUGCCAUUAUAAAGCUUGGAAGAGCCAGGAUAUUAUUUAAUAUUACUCCAGUUGUGUUUGACUGAAAGAAGAUAGUCAUAUACACCUAGGAUGGUUUGAGGGUGAGUAAAUCAUUUUUGGGUGAACUAUCCCUUUAACACACUUAUUCAGCUUCUUAAACAUCUGCCAAACUACUUCUCACAUUGCAUUUGAAGUCAACAUGAAAUGGCAUUCACAACCCAUUUUACUUCCAUAAUAGAACAUAUUUUUAAUUUUUUAAUUGUAAAAACUUGAUCAGACCAUGAAAUGUUGAUGAGAUGUUGUGAUGAAAAAUAAGAUGAAAUCCAAACGCCACCCAAAAAGAAGAAAAAAAAAAAAUUCUUUGCAAUAACAUGCAUUGACAAAUCGUUCACAUUAAAGGGUUAGUUCACCCAAAAAUGAAAAUUCUGUCAUUAAUUACUCACUCUCGUGUCGUUCCACACCAGUAAGACUUUCAUUUAUCUUCGGAAAACAAAUUAAGAUAUUUUUGAUCAAAUCCGAU